GUUUGUUCGGAUCUAGUCAUGUGCGUGAGUCGCCGGAAGCCACAACGCGCGCGGUUAAGUAUGUAUGCAUAAGGUUUCAUUACGCAGGGCCUCGAGCUCCAAACCAUCCCUUCUCCAGCCGGCAGCGAGGUUACUCGCCCGACCAUCGCCACUCGGAGAUUUGCUGACUAUAUGAAUGCCUUCCGGUUUUCCUCUGCCCAUAUUUUCACACUUCGUGACCAUGAAGCACUGGCUUGUGUUCGAGAUCUUUGCUUCUUAUAUAUCUUCUGUGAAGGGCUAUAGUCUCGUCCGCGAAUAUUCGGGUCAGAGCUUCUUCGAUCUUUGGGACUUUUAUGGCGCUUAUGACAACACGACUCAAGGUAAUGUCAUAUGGGUCAACGAGUCCUAUGCAACCAGUCAGAGCCUGGCGUACAUAGACGGUCAAGGAAAUGCCAUAAUCAAAGUGGACAACACAACAGAUGUGCCUAUGGGCCAGAACCGUAGCUCAGUUCGCAUAACCACUCAAGACACGUAUGAUGUCGGAAGCCUUUGGAUAAUCGAUCUCAGUCACAUACCGUUUGGAUGCUCGGUAUGGCCCGCAUUUUGGAGUUUUGGGCCUAACUGGCCGGAGGACGGGGAGAUAGAUAUCAUCGAGGGCAUCAAUUUGAUGCCCGAUAACCAAAUAAGCAUUCACACCACGCCAGGAUGUACUGCUAAUGGAUCAGAAUAUCAAUUUGGUACAAGCGGUACAACAACCGACUGUUCUCAACCCUCUGGAUGCACAGUGAUGCAAACUUCUCCGAAUAGUUUUGGAAGUGGUUUUGCGGCAGCUGGCGGGGGAGUUUGGGCAACGCAGUUUGAUGUGUCGGGUAUCUUUAUUUGGUUCUGGAGUCGCCCCGACGUACCCGCUUCCAUCUAUUCAGCCUCGAUGGACGUCACUCAAUGGGGAAUUCCGCAUGCCAGUUAUUUUUCUAACACUUGCAACAUUACCCAAUAUUUCAGUGCACAAAACCUGGUUUUAGACAUCACUCUUUGCGGAGACUGGGCAGGUAUUGGAGCAUCCUAUAAUGCGUCGUGUGGCAACUCAGGCCCAACAGGUCUGUGUUACAAUGACUGCGUAGUCGGGCCUGGAAGUCCACGAUAUGAUGACGCAUAUUUCAACAUUUCCUAUGUUCGCGCAUAUACUUCUGCUCUACCAUCUGCCACUCCGAGCCCAUCCAUUACUUCAACGACAUCCACCAAACCCACAACGGCAAUGACGAGCUCGACGACAAGACACGAUGGGCUAUUUACCCAUGCCUCCGAUAACAAUGGGUGGGGCGCAGUAGUGAUGCUUCUUAUUGCGGCUCCAAUUGCCGUUAUUGGCUCAUGGCCACUCGUGUUCAAGAGGUGGUAUCACCGGGGCAUACCACCACUGCAGCCUGCGUAGUUUCACUUCGCUCGUGACUUUUUAUGACUCAGAGAUGACCAAAAUAACUUAACGACUGCAUUUAUAUCUAGAUUGCACCAUGAAUAAUAGACAGAUUAAUAUACCAUUGUUAUGCACAAGUAAACAACGGACUUGCUUUUCAUG